UUUUUCCUUGUCAGCUGUUCAACUCAACUCCUGAACGCCCUGGACCCUUAACUCCUAAAUUUGUAAAUAAGGAGUUUAUUAAAUCCGUCAUGAAUGCUCUUAACCUACGAGUAUCAUCCGUUAAGACCAACGACAAUGUCAGGAAAAAUGCUGAAAUGCGUAGUUCUCCAGUGGCGCUGCCAGCACAAUAUGAGCAAUCCGAGGAUCACCACUGUUUAAGCUUUCAGGAAGCUAAAGCUGUUCCCGAGCAAGUGGCUUGUGUCAAAAAGAUUUUUGAGUCUAUUGAUGGAAAUGAUUCGGCAUUGCAGUUUCUAUGUGAUUUACUUUUCAACAGCCCUCUAAAACAUCCUGUACGUAAUCAGAUUGUAAAACUUCUUAUUACGGCUGCUAAAACCAAUAGCAACAAUUUAACGGAAUUGUUAAUAGUCAAUGCUUUAGCAUCCACUCUGCAAAAGUUGCUACAAACAACGCAAUCAAAUGCCGACAAUAUAAUCUGGAAUUUCACAAUUGUUUCUUUUUCUGGUUGCUUUGACAAUUUUACUUGUGGUUUAAAAGCCCUUGAGCAGCAUAUAGCACAUGUGUUCCCUUUUGUCUGUCUAUCAGUUAACAGAUAUAUGAAGGAUUUAAUCUCUAUAAGUUCUCCUUCUAUACGCAAUGAAUAUUACAUAUUUAUUCAUAAUUCCAUUCGCAUAUUAUUAAAUUUUCUCCAAGAAUUUGGAGAAUGUUUAAAAAUCACCCAUGUGCAUGAAUUGCGGGAGCUUACAAAGCUAUGCAAUAACAUUGUCUUAGAUGGUGAUAUACCCAUGGAUCCUCGCACAAAUGCUGGCAUGGUUAUAGCUUAUACCUCAAAAUUAUUCCAUGAAUAUCAGAGUUUCAUAUCCAGUGUUAAAAAUGUAAAAAAUCCCAACGAAAUCGCCCUGUGUGUGGGUAUUAUAAACACUGCCAACGGGCAAGAUUUUCAUGAGUAUUCUGGAGAAAUUUUGGAAAUAUGCAAGAAAGUGGAUGACAUAGCCAACAAUUAUGCCACGGUUCCCAAUAUUCUCUUGUGUGCCACCAGAGCAUUGUAUCAAAUUUCGAAAUUGACUUUGAAUUUUGCUAAAGGUUCACCUGAGAAAGACGUACAGUCUAUGCUUAACAAACUUAUGGCCUUUUCAUUGGCAUUUAUGGAGCAUCACAUGGAUAGCGUACGCCAUCUUUGCCGAGAUAUUAUGCGCAAUGUUAUAGCCACAUCAAAGAAUUUGUCUUACGAUGGCCUAAUAGAAAAUAUUUAUGAUGCCUGUAACUCGGAACGCCAAUCAUUGUCUGUGAAAAGUGUUGUGUUGCAGCAAAUGUGUUUUGUUGUGGGAACGGAACAUAUACUGCAGAAAUGCCCCACAUUAUUUACAAAACUAUUUGCUGAUAAUCUGGGCAGAGAUUUCAUAGUAAAUAAUUUAUAUGAAGUGCUAAUGAUAAACAACCAUAAAGAGCAGUCCUUUGAGAUUUGGACCAAGACCUGGGUAUUGUACUUGCUUGGGAUAGCAUCUUACCAAGACUCACGUUUGCCAGAUAUUGAAACACUUGUGGUAAAGUCGGUCAAAUGUGAUGCGCGAGUCGUACAAGCCAUUAUCUUUAAUGAACACGAAAAUCAAAUACCCAUAAGUACCAGGCUAUCCACAUUAUGGGCCAUACGUAAAUCAGGCAUUAAAUUGGACAAUUACAAUGAAAUAAUGAACAAAUUUUCGACGAACCUUAAACUAAGCAUUCUCUCGAAAGAUGAUGAUACGCGCAUUAUGGCAUUAAGGCUAUUAGUGGAGACUCACAAGAGCACAGAACCUCUCACAGAAAUAGAGUGCGAGUUAAUAAUUAUGUACCUUAGAUUUAAUAUCAACUGCCAGUGUCCUGCUACUCGCCAGAAAAGUUUGGCUUUACUGACCAAAGCCUUAACAAGGUGUAGCAUAGGCUUGCAGAAACAGUUGAAGGGUCAGCAGGCAACCGAAGAGAAAAUAUUAGAACUGCGCUUUCUUAAAUCUGUAAUGGGUAUAUUGGUGGAGAAUUUGUUCGAAGGUGCUAAUUUCAGCAGAAGAAUGGUAUCGUUGCAGUUAUUGCAGCAAUGCCUGAUGACAGGAGUAAACUGUAACUUGAAGUUGUUAUCCAUAAUACCCAGCAAUGCCAUAAAAGUUUUAUACGACACCUUGUCCGACUCCUACGAAUCCAACAACCAAUUAGCUGUUAAUAUGUUGAAACUAUUGGAAGAUAACAGGGAAGGCGAGGAAAGUUUACUGGAACAUUUUAAAAUGAAUAUAACUUUAAUGGAUCUCCUGGAUCUGUUGACAUCGGUCAAACCUAUGGAUUCGGUUACAGCAUCAUACCAUCUUGAAUAUCUCUGCCAUUGUGGACCUGCUUCAUUUUUUGGCCACUUUAAAUUGCCUAUGUACGAGCCCAUCACGUAUGCGGCCCUAAAAAGGCUUGUCUUGGAAUUGCUACAGGGUUUAAAGUUGGCGCAGCAUAGUAUUUUGGAAGCAGCAAAAUUGAAUCCCUUAUAUGGUCUUCUGGUGGCCAUUUUGCAUAUGUUAACAAAGCUGGACUUUGGCAAAUUAUCUGGAGACGUUCUAUGGCAAACAUUUAUAACUGAGUUGAUUAACAUCUGCAUGCUUCUAACUCAUACAGUGUCGCCCAUAGUAAAUAGCUCAUCGCCAGAGGGCCAUUUGCCAAAUGAUUUUGGGGAUUUUCCAGAAGAAUUGUUAAAAAGAGAGUCUUCCAGCACUGGUGCGGUAACGGAGCCAUGUAAAAUAUUGUCAUCCAAGCUAAAUAAAUUAGACUUGGCUCAAAUGAAAACAACACCUCAAAUGGUUUUGCUUUGUGCCUGGCGUACGGUCAAAGAAGUCUCGCUUAUUCUGGGCCAUGUGGUUCUCUAUUCGCCCAUUCAAUUUAAUAGCCAUACCCAGUUUCUUAUAACAAAGCAACAAAUUCUAGAAAUUGGUGAUCACUUUAAGCUGCUGCUAUCAGAAACUAAACAUCGCGGUGCUUUUGAGCAAGCCUAUGUAGGUUUUUCAAAACUAUGUUGCCGCUUAUGGACAAUCGAAUGUGUAGAGUUGAAUACCUUGCCCAUGUUAUGGCUACAGGAUUUGAUGACGAUCAUAUCUCAGGAAAAUAUUAAUAACGGCAAGAUAUGUGCAACACGUCGUAGUGCUGGAGUUCCCUUCAUGGUGCAGGCCCUAAUCACUUCUGAGUUGAAGGUAGGCUCCACCAAAGCUCUGAAUUUCUGUAUGACUCACCUUUUAAAACUGGCCUCCUCGAAAUUGGAAAGUAGUCCAGAAUCUCGUACUCAUGCCUUGAAUAUACUGCGUGCUUUAUUCCGUUGCUCCGAUUUGAAUGAGGCUGUGGGAGAAUACGUGUCCGCAGGUGUUAUGGUUUCCAUACUAGGAUAUGAUGCUACAAACUGGUCCGAAAAGAAUUCAGCUACCUUGCUGUUUGCUGCCCUAAUAACACGUGUCUUCGGCGUACAACGCACCAAAGAUUCCGAAAAUCUAAAUAUACGCAAUAAAAUGACGGGACGAAUCUUUUUCUUACGCUAUCCCAAACUGUAUGAUUUCUUUUUGGAAGAACUUCAAAAGGCCAGCGAACUUAUAGGCCAUAAGGAAAAGGCCCACAAACUCCAUCCACUGCUGUUGAUGUUAAGUCGCCUCUAUGUUUCUGCCUUGGAGGGCACUGAAUCAAAUUUAAAGCUAUCACAGUUCAUACCGUACAUUUCAAAAUGUGGAGGUUGUCCCGAAAUGCAGACACGCUAUUUAGCGGCCAAGGCAAUGGGGGCCUUAAUCAAUAAGGAUGAUGUUCGAAGUAUGAUACAAAGCAAGUGUGCGGAGAUUGCGCUGAUGGCUGAUCAUCGUCAUAAACUGAAUCUUAAUUUACUUCAUGGCUAUCUGCUGCAAAUUUACUAUUUAUUGAAAAAUCACAAAACAAUUUUGAACGAAGACUUAAUUGCGGAUAUGUGCAGCUCCAUUGUGGGUUUCCAUAAAUGUACUUCACUGGAGAAUGCUGUUUUAUUUAAAGUAAUGCUGGAUAUUUUAUCAGAGAUUUUGACAAGCAUACCAUCACUCAAGUUUAAGCCUACUGUUGUACAACAGUUGAUGUAUUUCUCAACAUUUCCAUCGUUAAACGAUCCUAAAAAGGCUUUUUACUAUACAGUGCAACACAAAUCAUAUUUCUUAUACAAUUUAAACCUUAUGCGUCUAACAUUGCCAACGGAAGCCCUAUGCGACUACAUGUUGGAUCCCCCCAUGACACACAUGCCAUUGGAACAAACUGAGACGUGCCUUAAUAUCAUACUGCUUUUACUUUUUGGCGAGAAGGGCAGCUUUUCAAAGGACUUGGAUAUGUUGGAAGAAUACGAAAUACUGGCUAACGAAUUACAAUUUGUCGAAUCAUUAAACUGCGAUGUUGCAUCGGAGCUUAUGUUGGAGUUGAAAAACAGCAGUACUCUACACCAUGUGUUGAAGAAUAUGUUAAAUAUACCAAUAUACUAUCCCGAGACAGCCAAGAAAAUCUAUGCUAUAUUGAGCCAGCUACAACAAUUUGAUUUCACCUUGCCCCAGCUGUUAGAAGUGGCAAAGAAGCAGAGCGAUGAUGUCAAGUCCCCCUUGACCAUGUGCGUGGAAAGAGUUUUACACCAGCAAGGAGUGAAAUAUGAAUGUGCGCAAUUAUGUUUGGAAUAUUUAGUAGAGAUUGCCGAAGCCACUCAACCUUUUUGCCUAAGAUUUAAAGCAGCCAAAAGCUUGGCUCACAUUGCAGUUCACUACCCUAAAUCAUUGGAAAUGAAACGCUUGCAUUUUCUUAAGUUAUAUAUACAACUUAUCUUAGAUCUAUUAAUGGAUGAUGACUAUGAUAUAAGAGACUUUACAUCCCAAAUAGUUUUAAACUGCCUUUCACAUAAAAUGGACUUGCAUUUUAAGGAAAGUUGGAGCAACGAAACAUUAAGUAUUUGUCCACAAGAUAAAGUGGUGCCCACAAUUGCUCAGCGUGUAUUUUUACAACAUACUGCUGAGCUACUGAUACUUUAUAAACUGGAUGAUGAUUUUGUGUUGAAUGUUUUUAAAAUAAUUAUCUCUGAAGAAGCUAUUGCAUCAAAUGAUCAGCAGAAUAACACCUCGAAGAUAAUAGAUAUUGAAAUAUUCGAUAAAAGUGAAGCAAAUGAUUUUGCUGAACCAGCAACGGUGGUCAAAGAUGCUGCAGAGAUUUUCGAAAGAAAUUUCAAAAUGCAUGACAAAGUUUUGGAAUUUUUACAAACUUAUAAACAGACGUAAAACAUGUACAAAUUUUCUGUAAACUUUUUUAGCACAAAAAAAUUUAACUUUAGUUCAGCAUUUAUUAAAGCAUUGGAGAGUUUACAUUUGAAAUGU